AUGGAGUGGUUAACGAGCGCUGAGGGUCUGAAUGCCCGUCAGGAGCCAGAGGCGCCCGUUCGUGAGCACCACCCUCACUUGCGUGAUGAGGAGGUCGACCUCAUUAUGGAUGGUUGUCUACUACGCAUGGUUCGGGAGCGCGCGGCGGAGCAAGCACCUGCGAGCAGCCAGCAAGGAGGAACUGGUGAAGGAGGAGCUGUGCACGAGGCUCCAAGUGCUGUGGGCAUUGGUGGAGGAGCUCUUGCACCGACCAUUGACACGGGAAUGAUCGGGGCGAGCUAUGGCCAAUUCAAGUUUGGAGUUGGGCACAUCUCGAUGACGCCGCUGCUGGAGGGAAGGCACGACCUUACCGCGAAGGGAGACGAUGAGACAGUGGAAUCCUACUGCAAUAGGGCCCGCGCCAUCCGAGCGGAGCUGCUGACCAUUGGACAGGAGGUCCACAUGGCCACGUUUGCUGCCCACGUGCUGAAGGGCCUACCAUCGGAGUACGGAUUUCUUCGCCGCAAGCUCGAAAUUUCCAGCCCUGACAUGACGGUGGAACGCGUGUGCAGCGAGGUGUUGAUGGAGGAGCAGAAUCUCUCCAUCGAACAGAGUUACAAGCAGAUCACCAGCGAUGCAUCUGCUUUCUCGGGCGCUGUCAACACCAUCGUGGCUACAACGGGGGUCAACGGGAAGGAAGGAAAAGGGGGAAGGGAGCAGACGGAUAAGAAAAAGGAUGGCAAGCGGGAGAAGAAGCGAGCCCCCUUCAAGGGGCGCUGCUACAACUGCAAUGAGGAGGGGCACAUGGCUGCCAAGUGCCCCAACAAGAAGAAAGAUACAACGCCCGCGGCAGCCGCGAACGUAGCUGAAGGAGACGGGAAGGGCGUGGCGCUCACCGUCGCGUGUUCGGCUGCAAAGUUGCUGGCCGACGACAAGGACUUGUGGUUCCUUGACUCAGGAUGCUCCCAACACAUGACCGGCCGCAAGGAGUGGUUCACGGUGAUCCGUGACCCAUCUGCAACGAAAUCAGUCAAAGGGUUUGAUGGUUCUAUGCAGGAAGUUGCCGGUGUUGGAAUGAAGGCCAACUUGGUCUCCCCUGGGCAGCUCUUGGACAAGGGAGCAAAGCUGCAAACCGAGGAAGGUGUCACUCGCAUCAUCGCAUCAGGAGGUCAAGUGGCUGCAACGGCACGAUACCGCCAUCGCCUUCACUGCCUUGACCUGAAACCAGGGCCAGCAAGGAACGGUGCAACAGCUGCAGCGGCAUGCAACGGCAUGGCGGCUGCAGCGGCAUGCACCGAUAUGGCGGGUGGAGCGGCGAGCAACGGCACAGGGGCUGCAUCAGCAUGCAACGGCACGGCGGCUGCAACGGCAAGCAACGGCACGGCGAAGGAGAUUGCUGAUGUUGCGUCAAACAAGUCGGGAGCUAAAGAUGGAGCGGCCAGCCUCAAGACGUACGCGGUGGGCUCCAAGGCAACGCCCAACCUGUGGCACGCUCGCCUUGGGCACGUCCACUUCGAUGCGGUGAAGCGGACAGCCACGAGCGGUGGCGUGUUCGCCCAGUUGGUUAGCGAACUGGACACUCCUCCUGGUCCACCCUCCGUUGCUGAUUCGGCGCCUGUAGGACCAGAGGAUGGUCCUCUGGAGGUUGACACUAGCAUGGCUGAUCACGAGGAGGAAGAAGAAGAAGUAGCAGUGGAUGAGCAGUCACCAAUGGCCCAUGAGCAUGAGCCUUCACCUGCAGUUCCCCCCUUCCAGCCCAUUCCACCACCCCCACGUCGCUCCUACAGGCCUAACAAGGGGGUGCCACCCGUACGAUUUCAGCCAUCAGCUAUGACGGCCCUGGAUGCGGAUGAUGAGGACAACCCGUACGACGUGGCAUACCUUGCUGAGGACGAGUGCGACACGGACAGCGAUGACGAAGUAUACCCGGACGAGGAUGAGGAGGAGGAAGGCGCUUGGGGAGGUGUCAUCCUCGACCUGGCAGCUGCGUUGACCGGACCUGAAGGCAAGGAAUGGUGGGCUGCUAUGAAGGAGAUGGAGAGCCUUGAUGAGCAAGGCACUUGGACGUUCGCUGACCUACAUUGA